AUGAGCUCUAUUGAUGAGAAGCCUCUUUCAUGGUUCAUCAGACUGAUUCAUGAUACUUGCAUUCAUUUGAAUAAAUCUAUGUUGCUCCUCUGCUUAUUCCACUCUAAUUCUACAAUGAGCUCUAUUGAUGAGAAGCCUCUUUCAUGGUUCAUCAGACUGAUUCAUGAUACUUGCAUUCAUUUGAAUAAAUCUAUGUUGCUCCUCUGCUUAUUCCACUCUAAUUCUACAAUGAGCUCUAUUGAUGAGAAGCCUCUUUCAUGGUUCAUCAGACUGAUUCAUGAUACUUGCAUUCAUUUGAAUAAAUCUAUGUUGCUCCUCUGCUUAUUCCACUCUAAUUCUACAAUGAGCUCUAUUGAUGAGAAGCCUCUUUCAUGGUUCAUCAGACUGAUUCAUGAUACUUGCAUUCAUUUGAAUAAAUCUAUGUUGCUCCUCUGCUUAUUCCACUCUAAUUCUACAAUGAGCUCUAUUGAUGAGAAGCCUCUUUCAUGGUUCAUCAGACUGAUUCAUGAUACUUGCAUUCAUUUGAAUAAAUCUAUGUUGCUCCUCUGCUUAUUCCACUCUAAUUCUACAAUGAGCUCUAUUGAUGAGAAGCCUCUUUCAUGGUUCAUCAGACUGAUUCAUGAUACUUGCAUUCAUUUGAAUAAAUCUAUGUUGUCCUCUGCUUAUUCCACUCUAAUUCUACAAUGA